AUGGCCUCACUGCCCUACCAUCGUGCCUCCCAUCAGAGCUCCCGGAAAGCAUCCAGUGACCCUCGGGAGGAUUUGGCAGUUCAUGUUGACCACUAUAUUGGCAUUGAUGUCGGAACUGGCAGUGCCCGUGCCUGUAUCAUUGACGCUAAAGGUGAUAUUGUGGGGUUGGCCUCGGAAAAUAUUGGUCUUUGGCAACCAGAGCACGGUUACUAUGAACAAUCUUCCUCUGACAUCUGGCAUUGCAUUUGUGUCGCCGUUCAACGCGCUAUCAGCCAGCACAAUGUUAACCCUGACACGGUUCGAGGUAUCGGGUUUGAUGCCACCUGCUCCUUGUCAGUUUUCUCCAAUGACACCGACGAGCCGAUCUCUGUAACGGGUCCGAACUUCGAUUCGGACCGCAACGUGAUCUUGUGGCUCGAUCACCGUCCAGUCGAGGAAGCCGCACAGAUCAAUGCUACCAACCACAACCUGCUCCGUUAUGUCGGCGGAAAGAUGUCUAUUGAGAUGGAGAUCCCGAAGGUUCUUUGGCUCAAGAAUCACAUGCCCAAGGAGCUCUUUGACAAAUGCAAGUUCUAUGAUCUGGCGGAUGCCCUUACGCACAUUGCUACGGGAAAUGAAAAGCGAAGUUUCUGCAGUGUGGUCUGCAAGCAAGGAUAUGUGCCUGUUGGUGUCGAUGGGAGCGUCAAAGGAUGGCAAAAAGACUUUUUGCAGGACAUCGGUCUGGGUGACCUGACCGAAGAUAACUUCAAGCGCAUGGGCGGAGUCGACGGGGUGAAUGGUAAUUAUUUGAGUGCCGGUGAAUUGGUUGGGACUCUCUGCGACAAGGCUGCCGCCGAACUAGGCCUGCCGGUUGGUAUUGCCAUUGGCAGUGGUGUGAUCGACGCCUACGCUGGCUGGAUCGGUACCGUCGGAUCCAAGGUCGAUCUGGACGCAGGUCAAACUAGCGCAGAUGUUCCCGGACUUGAUAGAUCAGAGGCCUUCUCUCGCCUUGCGGCUGUCGCAGGAACCUCGACAUGUCACCUUGCCAUGUCACCAGACCCGGUUUUUGUUGAUGGUGUCUGGGGUCCCUAUCGGGAUACCAUCCUCCCCGGAUACUGGAUGGCCGAGGGCGGGCAAUCUGCGACGGGGGAAUUGCUCAAGCAUGUAAUUGAGACUCACCCAGCAUUCAACCAGGCUACUUCAAUUGCCGAAUCAUCCCAUGCCAACAUCUACGAAUAUCUGAACGAGCAUCUCAAAGAGAUGGCACAUGGCCAAGGAGCCCCAUCUAUAUCUUAUCUCGGACGCCACUUUUUUUUCUAUGGUGAUCUAUGGGGCAACCGCUCUCCCAUUGCCGAUCCCAACAUGACUGGAUCCAUCUUUGGCCUAACUAGCGACAAAUCUGUGGAUGGUCUUGCCAUUUACUACUACGCCACCAUGGAGUUCAUUGCGCUACAAACUAAGCAGAUUGUAGAGACAAUGAACAAGGCAGGCCACCGCAUCACCUCGGUGUUUAUGUCAGGCUCACAAUGCCAGAAUGACAUCCUGGUCAACCUCGUUGCAUCUGCCUGCGACAUGCCUGUGCUGAUUCCUCGAUACAUUCAUGCUGCGGUAUGCCACGGUGCUGCUAUGCUCGGCGCCAAGGCUGCCAGCGCUGAUUCACAGGGCAAAACCGAAGAUCUAUGGAAUAUCAUGGAUCGGAUGAGCAAGCCUGGCAAAAAGGUGUUGCCGACAGAAGAUAACAACGAGAAAGCCUUGCUCAGUGUUAAAUAUGAGGUCUUUUUGGAACAGUGCUUCAAGCAACAGAAAUACCGUGGGAUGGUGGAUGACGCCGUGGGGGCCUGGAAGUCCAAGUCUACCUAA